GGUUGAAGCUGCAACAGUUGCAGCAGGUCGGCGAUCAGUGGUCUCUAGGGUUUCAUCAUGCCCCUGCAGCCAUCUCCAUUGUUAUGGUGGUGUUAACAAUGGACAAGACCACCCGCAAGAGCAUUGAAGAGCGUUAAUUUUGAAUUGUGAUCGGAGAACCGUCGAUUGAUUUGAUUUCGCAACGGCUUUUAUGAGCCAUUUCAUAUCGAUACUCGUUUGAAGCUCCGCGUAGGAUGAGAUUUGUCCUGGUCCCUCUUCGAAGGCACACUACAUUGUCAACUUCUAAUGCUGCGAGUCUCGUGUCGAGUGUCGCUGGAACAGCGCAAUCAGGCUUCGUGUCAGCACCUGAGCAUGAGAGUGGAGGUGCUGAGACUACUCGUAUAAUCACUGGAGCGUUGAUUGUGCUGGAGGAAUUAGCUAAAAAGACUUGUUGGCAUUUGUAUUGGUUCCUUGAUGGAGUGAGUGAGGCUUGAUCGUGACGAGCAUCGGUUGAGGAUUCUUUUUUGUCCCGAGUUCUAGACCUGGUGCAUUUACGUCCUCCGCACUGUAAUGUUGUCCUUGUCAUGGGAAAUAGGUGAUGUCAGUCGCAGCUUGCAAUUAGUUGAUUGUGGCGUUUGCUAGGAUCGGCAGGUGAUCUUUUGUUGUCUUAAAUUUUUGGGCAUUCGUUUAUUGUUCCUCGACGUUAUUGCUGUUUUGGAUCUCAUUCGAGGAAAUUAUGAUUUCCUUGCCUGUAAUUGUGCUGGUGGGACGUCAGUUUUAGUCUUGUGAGCGUGAUUGUGGUGAAUACCAUCUCUAUGCCCAGAUUGUUCAUUCGAAGAGGCAACUGAUCUCCGAAAUAAUCUACAGUUUUUUUUUUUUUUUUUUUUUUUUUUUUUUGUUAAUUUUUUUUGGUUUCAAUGGAUUAUCUUGUUGCCUGCGCGGAGAAAUUUUCUUGCAUCGAAGUUUCAAACUGUGAUUCUAGAUUGCUCUUUGAUCUUGGGUUGAUGGAUAGAUUAUUUCCACCUCGCUUCAAGUAAAUGUGCACUUGCAGCAGUGCUAUAAUAAAGUUUCAUUUCAUGCAGUACCUUUCGAGUGAUCUGUAUGUACUGUCUUCAGACUCCCGUGAAGUCGCUAGUCCUCGGGAGUAUUGGCUUCUCAUUAUGUGCUAAUUUCGUGGGGUUGGAGUCAGUGGAUUAUGUCCUGUUUUGAGGUGCCAACAGUAAAGUGCUGGCGAUCUUGCCAGUGCCUAUUUUGCUCCAGUUUCAGUAAGUCAAAUAUGUGGCUGUAAUGCUUGUUGGUUAGCUGAUUGGCCGAUUUCUGCCUCCAUUCCGGGGCUUUAUGAUUGGUGUAGCAGAUUGCUCAAGUUAUGAGAAUUGCUUUUGAAGCGGCUAGCUACGGAGGGUGUAAUUAUCUACUUGAAACCGUUGCAUCACCAAUUUAGAACUAAAACAGAAUUGGGACUUCAUCGCUGGUAGCAAUGGCAGAUAUUGCUACUCGCUGUCGGAUCCAGUUAAGUUCCUUUCAAAUUAAGCAUCUCAAGGACACUCUCACACGAUUAGGCCUUUCUAAACGAGGGACCAAGCCGAUGGAGAUUUUUGUAGGAUAAAUUGCGUGAAUGUUUUGUGAGAGGGUUAUCAUCUCAGAACAUCGAAUCGCAUUAUGUUUUCCAAUUGUGAAGAUGUUGAUGGACAAGAUCAUGGGUUUGAUUAACCCUGCAGAGAAGCAACCAACUAAAGGCUUGAAAUACAGCAAGCAAAUUGUUUCAAGGGAAGAAGCCAUUGCUAUCAUCGAAGAGGAAUACAGGAAGCUUAGACAUUCUAGAAGCGAAUCUAAGCGUAAAGCUGCUAAGUCUGGCUUCGGCAGCAAGCAUCCAUCAGCAGGACUUGAAGAGCUUACAUGUGUGGAAGAGGCUAAAACUCGGUGUCCUUGUGGGAACAACACAGAGACUGGAACAAUGAUCCAGUGUGUUAAUCUUAAAUGUCGGGUUUGGCAACACAUGAGUUGUGUUGUCAUUCCUGAAAAGUCAGGAGAUGGAACUCAGACAGGAAUUCCUUCAAACUUUUACUGCGAACUGUGCCGCAUAUCGCGUAGCGAUCCCUUCUGCGAAGCACAGUUACAGACGCUAAUGCCUUCAAAGCUGAUUCCUUCUGGAGCCAAUACAGAAGGAUCUAAUAUUGUACAGACGUUAGAGAAAUCAUUUUAUUUAAGUCGAUCUGACCGAGAACUUCUCCAAAAACCAAAUCAUGAUCUGCAGGUCUGGUGUGUACUCUUGAGUGAUAAUGUCUCCUUUCGCAUGCACUGGCCUUCCUUUGCUGAUUUACGAGUAAAUGGAAUAGGCGUGCGUGUUACUAAUCGCACUGGCCAGCAACUCCUAGGAGCAAAUGGUCGGGACGAGGGAACUAGUGUCACUGUGUGUGCUAGGGAGGGGCUUAACAGGCUGAAUAUUUCAACUUAUGAUGCCCGCUCCUUUUGUUUAGGUGUGCGAAUUAUCCGCCGCCUUUCUCUGGAGCAGAUUAUGGAAUCGAUUCCGAAUGAGAAGGAUGGGGAGAAGCUAGAAGAAGCAAUGGCUCGAGUUCGGCGUUGCAUCAAUGGAGGGGGUAGUCAAGGGUUGGGGGCCGAUGAUGACAGUGACAGUGAUUUGGAAGUUGUGGCAGAUUUUAUUACUGUCAACCUACGAUGCCCGAUGAGUGGUUCUCGUAUUAAGGUUGCCGGCCGUUUUAAACCAUGCCUUCACAUGGGCUGCUUCGAUCUUGAUACCUUUGUGGAACUCAACCAGCAAGCACGGAAGUGGCAAUGUCCAAUUUGUCUGAAGAACUAUUGCAUAGAUAACCUGAUAAUUGACCCUUUUUUUAAUCGGAUUACUAAUGCGGUAAAUUGUUUGCAUGAGGACAUUGCUGCAGUGGAGCUCAAGUCUGAUGGUUUUUGGCGGCCCAAACUAGAAGGCAGAGUCAGAAGUAGAGAACCAUGGCGUCCGUCUCCAGUCGUAACAAACGUUGUGAAUGAAACCACAUCUGUACCUGUUUUAUUUUCUGAGAAUGUCAGAACAGAAGAAAAGUUGUCUUCCCAUGACAACGGCUCUUCGUGCUUCAAUCGAAAUCCUUGUGGCGUUUUGGUGCUGCAUUGCACUGAGAAUUUGAAUGGUGGUCAUAGUCAAGAAGUUAUCAACGUUUCUAGACUUUCAAGAAGUAAUAGUAUCACAGACGGCAAUCUUAGAGGAGAUGAGGAUGAACACAGUGCAAACCAAGAUCGAGGUGCUGUUUCUACUGUUGACGGUGACAAUGUUGGGUUGUCUUCAAGAUCUCCGCAGCCAACUAGCAAAACGCUGCAAACUUGUGCUGAUCUUGCAAAUGGAGCUCAAGUAAUUGUACUCAGCGAUAGUGAGGAUGAAGGAGAAGACGAAGAGACUAUUGUUGUGUCAUCUUGUGCAUCAAUUUAUGUGGAAUCCAACGUUGUUGGCAAUUGGAGAAUGCGUUCCAGGAAGAGCUAUCAAACAAAUGGUGAUUCAUCAGGGCUCGCUGUUGGUCUAGAAUAUGCCGAUGUCACUCCUGCCAGCCACUCAGUUUGUCAUCCAUCUGAUCCUGCGACGAGCAGGAGAAUUGACAUUGUUAUCAAUGAACAGAUGACUGACGACAGUGGAUUAGGCUUGCAUUUAGACAGCGGCAGCUUAAGCGCAGUACCCGCAGAGAUAGCUAGAAACGGGGAGUGUGGUGUCCAUGAAAGUCAAACAGAGGUGGUAAAUGUGCUGCAGGGUCAGCCUGUGCGGCAAACACCGGUUCGAUUUGUAGCUGGUUGUGGGUCUUCGUUUAGACCUCUUGACAAAGACGAUACGACGUCACCAUCGGGAUGGGAAAGCCUUUGUCUCCCUAAUGGAGCCACAGACACAGAUGGCGGUAGUAUGGAUAAUGAGGGAACUGGUUUGCCUCUGCAAAAGUUUUUGCCAUCCCAACCAGUUCGAGUUGAGGUAUUGGUGGCGGAAAAGAACCAUGCAUUAGAAGAAGCCACGCACAGGACUUUGUUGCUGCAGCUAACCUGUACCUCUUGAAACGGUAAACCAAUUCAUUUACUCUGCAUUGUACAGUGAUAGCAUUUGUUUGCAAACCUAUGCAUCCAUUUUGUGCAUUAAUGCGAUAUCCUCUAGACUUUUAUAUGUGAUUAUUAAGGCAUUUCACCACAUUUUUAAUGGCAACCAUCAUGCAUAGAAUCAGUGACUAACAGUAUUGCAGCAUCAAGUAAAUUUACAAGAACCUUUCCUCCAAACUGAUGAAAUUUACCACCUUUGGUGUUCCCUUAUCCUGGGCGGAGGAAACUUAGCGGCUUAGGUACUCAGCUGAUACUUGGUGCGGGGUGAACAAAUAGAUCCAAAUGGUUCCAUGUACAGAAUACUCAGACUACAAGCACAUCUUCAGUUGAUACAUGCACACCCCAUAUUGCUAAAUACUGUCCCAAAAAAAAAUAGAGCCCUUUGAUUUAUUUGAUUCGUUGGUUGCACACCUUAAGUUGAUACAUGCUUAUCUAUAAAAAAUCGAGACCUUUGAUCUA